AUGAUGAGCGGUUCUCCGUGUUGUUUACCCUGCCUCGGCGUGAGGCAGCCUCAAGCAGGAAGCCGCGUUGUUUUGAAUGUCGGUGGACAUCGCUUCACGACAGCACGGUCGACCCUGACAACCGGCAGAGCUGCCGGUUCGGUGCUGGCCGACCUCGUGUCCGGACCGUGUGACCAGGACGGCUCUUACUUCCUUGACCAUGAUGGGACGCAGUUCCACUUCGUACUGAAUUUUCUUCGCCAUGGACCAGAGCUUUUCGUAGCUCCAGAGACUUCGGUGGCACUUCUCAAUCUACAGCUUGAGGCCAAGGCUUUUGGCCUUGCUGACUUGGUGGAGCUGCUCGAGAGCAAGAAGCCCCUUGCGAGAGCUCAGCAAGGUCACACGGGUGCGUACCUAAAUGCCGAGGAUUACCUGGGUGCUCCUCAUCCAGCGAACGAGGUCGAAAGAAUGGCAAAGUUGAGGUCUUUGAACGUCAUCGACACAGUGAAUGAAGACACUGAGUACGACAACAUCACUCGAGCGGUAGCUUCGAUUCUCAAGGUGCCCAUCUGCUUAGUCUCGCUGGUUGCCGAAGACAAGCAGUGGUUCAAGUCCAAGUGUGGGUUGGACGCAGACGAGACAGCCAGGUCCAGCAGCUUUUGUGCCUACACCUUAUUCCCUGAGGCAGUGGAGGAUGCCAGGAUGCUAGUCGUGACAGACGCCAGACACGAUAUUCGCUUCAUGAAGAAUCCGCUGGUCCUUGGCGAGCCGUAUAUCCAGUUUUAUGCAGGCUGCCCCUUGGUGACCUCCGAAGGAUUGCGUCUUGGGUCUUUGUGCGCCAUCGACAGAAUUCCAAGAGACAUUCGACCAGGGGAGGUGGGCCUUCUCGUCAACUUCGCACAUUUGGUCGUGCAGGCAUUAGAGGACAACCAUCUGGAGAAGCUCCAUCAAGAGCUUCGGGGUGAGGACUCGGAUGAGGAACCUAAGGAGGAGGAAGUGCACUGGUAUGGAGGCAAGCUCCGGACCGAGGCUAUGCUUGACGCUCGUCCAGCUGCGGUCGUGCUGGUUUGGGCGCGGCCGGACUCGAUGGAAUGGACCUUGUUCUUUGCAAACAAGGUGUUCACGGGGCUGACAGGUGUCGAGGUGAUCGCACCGUACAAGUUCCCCGGGGAACCACAAGUGAAGGUAUGUGGGAAGAUGAGUACCCAGGCAUCCUUUUGGGACCACAUCCGACUCGUCUCUCGCGAACCUACACAGGUAAUGGAGCUCUGGAAAACGGUGGCUGUCGCGAUGACAGGCAGGCAGCUGGAUACCAAGCCGGGAGGGUUUGCUGCACGUGCGACUGUCAAGCAGUCGCCACGACAGCAAGAAGGAAAGAUCUUCCUGAAUUGCCGCUUCACCCCAGCAGAGGUGCCGAUCAGCGAGUCUGCAGCCGCCGUCAAGAACCCUGGGCUGCGUUCGACGGAGAAGUGGCCCAGACCCAGAGGCUGGCCAGGCGAGGGUCACUGGUUCUUCAUCCAAAUGAUACCGGAGCUGAUGGCAAAUGGUUCGAUGUCUCGACAGCCUAGCCUCCCACAAGAGGCUGAGGCCACGAAGCCCCAGACAGCACCAACGUUGUCAGUGGUGUCCUCAACAGGAGUCACCGAAAGCCGUCAACUUGAUGGAGGCGCAAGCGUCGGCACAAGACCGCCCACUUCGCCUUUUCAAGAUGUCCGCUUGGUGCGGCUGGUAGGACAAGGGUCCUUUGGUGCCGUGUACUUUUCGCUCUGGAGCGGUGCAGCUGUCGCAGUGAAAAUCAUCAAGACGGUUAUACCGGCUGGCAAAGAUCUGGCGGAAGUCGACAAGAACCCACACUACGAGGCGUCCCUAUCUGUGUCCAUCUCGCAUCCAAAUCUGGUUCAGACCUUCAAGCACGGAGGCAGAGUAAGCUCCUUGAGUACAAAUGGCGGAGCUGAGGCAAAGGACCUCGGCAAUGUCCAGGAAACUUGGAUCGUCCAGGAGUGGUGUGACGGUGGUACUUUGAGGGCCGCUUGCCAAAACCCAAGGCUUGAAGAUGAGGGCUUGCUAGAAGCUUUGGAGAUUUGUAUGGAGAUCUCACGAGCUGGGCAGUACCUGCAUGACAUCGGCAUCAUUCACGGGGAUCUGAGCGGCAACAAUGUCCUGCUCAAGUCCAUGCCUGUUCCCAAGGGAUACGUUUGCAAGGUUUGUGAUUUCGGCCUCGCCCGGGUUCUGGAUGGCGAGUCCAAGGAAAUCAUCACCAAGACCUUGGGGACCGUGACCCACAUGCCGCCUGAGCUGCUGAGCCUCUCAGAGAAGUGUUCGCUGACACAGAAGGCAGAUGUCUAUGCGCUUGGCAUCAUCUCUUAUCAAGUCUACACUGGUCAGGAGCCCUUCGCUGGAUUGUCAGCGCCGCAGGUGGUUAUUCAAGUCGCUCGGGGCAAGCGGCCGCAGCUUCCAAAAGAAGCUCCUGAAAGCCUGGUCAAGAUCUUCCAGGAAACGCUGGCCUCGAAUCCUGAUGAGAGACCAACCUUCGGCGUGCUUGUGGACAGGCUGACGCAGCUCUACAGCGAUCUGGGUGGUGCCGAGACGGGUCUUGACGUUCUUGAUACGCAUGCCUAUCGGAAAAGUGAGACCUACCCGCAAACUAUGCCAAGAAAGGCAAGCGAAAUAGCAUGA